UUCUUCGUUAAGAACCUCUUUUUGGCCAUUAAGAAAUAUCAGUGAAGCUAAUUCCCCAAACCUUACCCACCAGAAUUUUAAAAUUUUGAAAAUUUAACACUCAAUGCCUUUGAUUUGGUCUUCAUUUCCUUCGUUUUUCUCAGCAAUCAAACGGAUCAUAUGAUGGCUUGUGGUAUACAUUUUUGAAGUCCAUUUGAUUGGUGGAAAAGUAUGCAAUUUUUUGGAGGAUCAGACAUCAGUCCAUCGCCACCGGCACCAACAGCAUCGGGCAACAAUGCGCACAUGAUGUAUGUGUUCAAUAGAAAUGGGGUAUGUUUGCUCUACAGGGAGUGGAAUCGCCCACUUCACACCCUCAAUGCGCAGCAGGACCAUAAGCUCAUGUUUGGUCUGCUUUUCUCGCUCAAGUCGCUAACUGCAAAGAUGGAUCCCACGAGUGCGGAGAAAGGAAACCUUGGGAUGCCUCAGUUACCUGGCCAAGGUUGUUCAUUCCACAGCUUUCGAACAAAUACAUACAAGCUUAGCUUCAUGGAAAGUCCUUCUGGGAUAAAGAUUAUCUUGGUUACUCAUCCCAGGACUGGUGAUCUACGUGAAUCUCUAAAGUAUAUUUACAACUUAUAUGUUGAAUAUGUUGUCAAAAAUCCUCUCUAUACACCUGGAACUCCUAUCAGGUGUGAGUUGUUCAAUACCUCUCUUGACCAAUAUGUAAGGAGCAUAGCGUAGAAGCUCAGGUAGCACUCAGUUGCUGUCAUCUGGCUAUGCGCUGGUUUCAGGUUUAUUUUAAGGAGGAAAUGAUUAAGGAUCUGGCUGACCACUGUCCAAGCCUAGCUCCUAUUACACCUUAAGAUUUGAUUUUGAAGGUCAGUUGAGUUGCAUAUUUUGUGGAUACAUUGUGCUUGUACAAUUUCAAAUUGCGACGAAAGUGAAUAGUCUUUCCUUUUCAUUCAUGAAUUGAUAGAUCUACUUUGUGA